AUGGGAAAAAUAAAAAUUAGUAUAGUUUAUUUGAUUCUCGUAUUUGUCUUUUUAGAUCUAUAUUAUGAGGAGAAAGUUAAAGUGGUAUCAACUAUGUGUAAAUCAGAUAUGAAAAAAUUGUCAUCUGUUUCUAAUUUAGUAGAAAAAAAGUCUCUUAAUGAAUAUAAUAUGAAGGAAAAGAAAAAAUCAGAAAUUUCUAUUCCUUCAAACCAAAAUAACUAUAAUAAAAAAACAGUUAAAUUAAAAAAUGAAGAUAAAAAAACAUCUUAUUUAUAUAAGCAACCUAUAAUUCUAAAAAAUUAUAAUACUACAACAUAUCCAUUAUAUAUUAUAUCUAAAGAUAAAAAUAUUCCAUAUAUAUCUAGAAAAUAUAUUUUUAAUGAAGGAAAACAAAACAUAUUGGGUAAUAUUUCACAUUCCUUUUUUGAAAUGAAAGCUAAAAAUUCAAUUGACACAGAAUUAUUAAAUAGUUACAAAAGUUUGAUUACUGAAAUUAAUGAAAAAUAUAACAGAGGAAAGGAUAGAUAUAUUGUAUCAUUCUCGUAUUUGGAGAUGGAACAUUAUUUCAAAGAGGAAGAUAAUACAAAAAAAAAAUAUACAACUGAUAUAAUCCCAUCUAUUAAUAAUAUAAAAGAAAAAAUUGAGAAAUAUAUAAGUUACUGUGAAAAAUCUAAAGAUGAACUGAUAAAAGGAAUGAAUAAAUUAGAAGAACUUGUUGAAAAUUCACAAGAAGGAAAUAUGUUUACAGAAAAAUGUAAUGAAUUUAAAUCAAAGAUAGAAGAGAUAAAAUCAACUUUGAUUACAGAUUAUAACAAUAUUGAACAGGAAAAUUGGAGAAUUUAUCAUAACAUCGAUAGCUUGUUAUGUCAGAAAUAUUGUAAUGGUACCAUGUGUAAUAAUGUGAAAUCUGUUUAUGAAUCUGCUAUAGAAUUUUAUUAUAAUAAAAUAAAAGUAAAAGUUGAAGAAUUUGAAUUUUUAAAAGAACUUGAUGAUUUUAUGAAAAAUGAUAGUAAAUUAUCAAAAAUUUUGGAUAAAAAUUUUUAUCAUAAACACUAUAAAUUCUCUUUAAAAUUAUUACUGGAUGAAAUUAAAGAUAUUUUAGAAGUUCAUACAGAAAACCAAAAAGUUUUAUCUAAUAAUAUGAAGUCUUUUACUAGUGUUAAAGAAGAAUUAAGUAGUUUUAAAUUUUAUAAUUAUAAUAUUACUCAAACAGUUACUUUUCCUCCCUUUGCUUAUCAUGCGCUUAUUAUUACUGGAGAUUGGGAUAAAACUUUAAAAUCUAAUUUCUAUGAGAAAAAAGAAGCAAUUCAUAACUUGUAUGAUAAAAUAAAAAAGGAAUUAGGGGAAGAAAUAAAUUCUUUAGUUUAUCCUGCAGAAGUAGAAUCAAAUAUUGAACAAAUUGUUUCAAAUGUACAGAAAAUAUUAAGUAAUGUUAAUAAUAUAACUUCUGAAAAUUGUGAGGUAAUAGAAGGUUUACCAUAUAAAUAUAGUGAUCCUAAAAUUUCUACAACUAAAAGUGAACUUAAUAAUUUAUGUACUAAAUUAGAUACACAUAAUACUGAUUUGAAAAGUAAAUUGGGUAUAAAUAAUGAAAAGCACAAUUCAAUUAAAACUCAAAAAUCUCAAAUAAAAACAUUAAAAGAAAGUUUAAAAGUUGAUGAAAAUCAACUAUUAAAUGACAUUACAGAUGAUGUUAUUAGUACAAAAGAACGUAUUGAAAAAAUUAUAACAUCAGCGAAUGAAGAACUUGAAGAGUUAAAAAGAAAAAAUAAUGAAUUAAAUGGUUUAAAAAGUGAAAUUGAUAAAUUAAUUACACAAGUUCAAGCAAAAAGUAAAGAGCUGAAGGAAUUGGAAAGAAAAGAAGAGGAAGCUAUCAAAGAAAAUGUAAAAAAUAUUGAAAGUUAUUUAGAACAAAUUGAAGAAAAAAUGAACAAAUUAAAAACACUUAUGGACUUAAAAGAUAGUGAAAAUGAAGACUUAAAAAUUAUUGAAAAAGUAAUUGAUGCAUCAUCUUGUGAUAACAAAGAAAAAUAUACAGCAGAAAGAGAAGAAGCAAAAGGAAAAAGAGAAUCAGCUUUAGCUUCUUUAUUUGAUAGUAAAAAAAUAGAAAAAGCAUAUAUAGAAAUACCAAGUUAUGUAUCUGAAAAAAAAAAAUUAAAUUAUAAAAUAUAUGAUUUGAAUAAAAUUAAUGAUUUAUUAAAAGAGGUAAAACAAAAAUCUUCUGAAAUAGAUAAUAUUGUAAAAGAAAGUUCAACUAUCAUGAAUGAUAAAAUAAUUCCAGCAGAAAAUUAUCUUACACAAAUUAGGAAUAACAUUAUAACAGAGUCAAUUGAAGAUUUAUAUAGUAAAAUGGAGAAUUCUUAUCAAAAUUUUAACAUUAUAUUGGGUUCUAUAAAUGAAAAUUUAAUUAAUUAUGAACAAAAAGUGGAAAUUUUGAAAACCUGUGAGAAUGAUAUAACAAAAAGAAAAUGUGAAUUCAUGGAGAAACUCAUUGAAGAAGAUAGUGAUUCACUAAAAGGAAAAGAUUCAUCUCAAGACACAUUGAAUCUUAAAGAUGUUAUUAAAGAAAAAAAAAAUUUAAUAUCGACAAAAAUAAGUGAUGGAAGAGAUAUUACAUAUAACUUUAAAAAACAGUUUGAAUUGUAUAGCAAAAUAGAAAAAUUUUAUAAUAUUCUUCAAAAUGAUGAAGUUUCUAACAAGCUUAAAAAUUUAAAAACAACCAUUCAAGAAUUAAAUGCAGAUGGUAAACUAAAUGAACAUCAAGAGAGAUACAACAGUGCAACACAUUCAAUAGAUGAUAGCAUAAAAAAGGUUGAAUUAUCAAAAAAAAUUAUAGAAACUGUUAAAGUUUUAAAUAAGAUUAUAAAUGGAUGUAAUAGAAAUGAGGAAUCAAUUGAACAUUUAAAAGGAAAAUUAAAGGAAUCAGAUGAAAAUAUAAGUAGGGAAAUUAGUUCUAUCAAUGAUGAUAAUCUGAUAGAAGGUAAUGUAAAAGAGAGACUUUUAAGUAAAUUAAAUGAAAAAAAAAAAAUAGUAGAAGAUAAAAUAAAAGAAGUUGAUGAGGUAGAGAAAAAGUUAAAGGUUUUCUUACAAAAUUCUGUAAGUUUUAAAGAAACUAUUGGAAAUAUUCCUACUGAAGAAAAUUUGAAAAUUCAUUCAAAAGAUAUAUCAGGUAAGAAAGAAAAUUUAGAAUCCAUUACAAAUACAAUAAGUAGUUUAAAAGUAGGAACUACUACAAUUAAUUUAGAUGUUGAUAGUUUAAUUAAUUCUCAGAAUAAUGAAAUAGCAGAUUUAGUUUAUAAUUUAAUAGUACGGUUAGAUCAGGAUAUAAAUAGUAAAGUAGAAACAAGUUUAGGAACUUUAGAGGUAACAAAAAAGAGUUUUGAAGAAUAUAAAUACGAAAAAGAUAUAAAAAAUAUUUAUAAUGAUACUAAUAAGGUAACAUUAAGUUCAAUAUCGCAAAACUUUGAUGUUUUCAAGGGUAAUAUCAGCAUGUAUGAAAAAAAAUUUGUAGAAAUUAAAACUGAAUCUAAAAAUGAUAUUGAUGAAUCUGAUAAUAUAAAGAAAAUUAAUGAAAAUUUUAAUGAAAAAAGAAUUAAUAUGAAAAAAAAAUAUGAAAAAAUGAAAACAAUAUUAGAAAAAUUGAACACAUUGGAAGCAGACCAAUUGGAAUUAUUAAAAAAUAUAAAUGAAAAAAAAUUAGAAUAUAAAAAAACUUUAGUAUAUGAUUCUAUUGAUCAAAUUACUUAUAUAAAGAGAAAAGGUGAAGAAGAGAUAGCAGAAAUUGAUUUGUGUAAAGGCAAAAUUGAACAAUUAGAGACAAAAAUACCAGAUGACGAGGAAUGUGGAUUAGAUAAUUUUAAUUAUGAAGAAUAUGCUAAAAAUUCUAAAAGAAAUCAGGAGGAAAUAAAUAAAUCAGAACAAGAAGUUAGCAUAUUAAAGGAAAGUAUAUCCAAUUCUCAAAAAGAAGAGGAAAUUGAUUCUAUUCAAAUAAAAGUUGAACAAAAAUUGAAAGAUGUUUUAAAAGAAAAAAGUAACAUAGAUAAUACGUCCAAAAUAAUUAAACAUAUGGAAAAAUUGUUAAUGUUAACAAAAUUUAGUAUAGUAAUGGAUGACUUACAAAGUAAUUCUCAAAAUGUUAAGGAAGAAGAAGAAAAAGCUAAAACACAACUUACAGAAUCAGGAAUAGCAAAAGAUAAAAUAAUGGAAGAUUAUAAAAAUGCAGAGGAAUUAAGAGAUUUAUUAAUAAAUCAAUUGGAUGAUAGUUCAAUUGAUAGAAGAAUUGAGGAAAUUAGAUUAAUUAAAAGUAAAAUUGCAUCUUAUAUAAAAACUAUAUAUGGAUUUUUAAGAGAAUCUGAAAAACAUAAAGUUGCUGCAUUAUUAUAUUUUAAAAAUACUUUAAGAGGAAAAGGUAAAAUAGAAUAUUUAAAAAAUCAUGAUAGUGAAGGAAAAGAAAUAAAUGAACAAGUAUUAAAAGAUGUAGAAAAGUAUGUCCAUGAUUCUCAAACUUACUCAAAUAUGGCAGAUAAAGAUUCAGAAGAAACUAGUAAAAAUUACGAAUUAUCUUUAGAAUAUGGGAAGAAGAUGGAUAAUCUUUUCAAAAAUUCUUUACUCAUUGCAGAAAAAAAUAAGGUGAAGAUGAGAAAAAGUGUUGCAGGAGAUAUAUUUGCAGAAAUUCAAAAUGAUUAUUAUAAUAAUAAAAAUUUUUUAGAAAUAUUAAUAAAUAAAUUAAUUAUAUUAAAGCAAGAAAAUGCUCAUAUGGAAAAACAAGAAGAUGCAAAUAAUGAAAAGUCAUUACGUGAAUUUUAUAGAAUAGAAAUUACAAGAACGAAGGCAAGUAAUACUUUAAUAGAUACAGAAGAGAUAAAAAAUAGAAUACUAGGUAUUAUUAAUGCUGCUGAAAUUGAAAUGAAAUCAAUUUCAGUCGUAUCGGAAAGAUCUUAUGAAGAUGUAUUAGAUGAAUUAAAAAUGGAACAAGAUAAUUUAAAAAAUGUUUCUAGAAUUUUAAGAGAAUUUGAAAAUAAAAAAAAACAUUUAAAAAUUGAAUUAAAUAAAUUUAAAGAUAUAGAGACUAAAGUUAAUAAUAUGGAAGCAGAAAUGAAAAUAUAUAAAACAUCUUUUGAAGAAGGAAUUUUACUACAAAUAAAAAAAAUAGCUGAUGAAGAGAAAAAAAAUAUAGAAUUAUUAAAAGAAUCAAUUAAAUUAACUAUUGAUACCUCUAUUAACUUCUUAAAAGAUUCUGUAUUAGGAGCAGAUGGUAUUAUAGAAAAAUUUGAAAACCCUCAAAAAAAAUUGAAUGAAAUGUAUGAUUCAUUUGAUAAAUCAUAUAAAGAAAUAGAAAAAGAUGCAUUAAGUAUUUUAGAUUCUUCUAACACAUACAGUGAUGUGAAAGAUAAAAAAGAAAAAGCUAAAGUAGAAAAAGAAAAACUCAAAGAGUUAAAUAAGGAAAUAAAAAUUUUGUUAAAUAAUAUAAGAGAUAUUAAAAUAAACGAGACAUUAAAAUUAAUACUAUAUAUGAAAGGUCAGUUAGAUGAAGUUAAAAAAAUUGCUCAUGAAGAGUAUUUAUAUAUGGAGGAAUAUACGAAAGAAAUUAAAAAAAAUAUUGAAAAUAUAAAAAAAUCAAAAUGUGUUAAUAUUGCACUUGAAGAAUUAAUUAAUGCAAAAAAUAAAGGUAGUCAAUUUAAUCAAAGAAAAUUAAAACAUGAUACUUAUAGAGAUAAAGCAUAUUCAAUUUUGAAUGAAAUAUUUAAAGCAUCAGAAUUUAUAAAUAUGAGUCUAGAAACAAUAUGGAGUCUGGAGGGAUUUAAAGAAAUAAAGGAUAUCGAAGGCAUUAUUUUAGGUAUACAAAAGGAUUCAGCUGAUAUAAAUAAUAAAGAAAAAGAAAAUGAAGAAAAUAUUAUGAAUAUGAAAAACAUAUAUGAACAAAUAAAAGUAAGAGAUAAAAUAAAAAAAAAAAUUGGGGAUACAAAAAAUGAAAUUGAUAAACUUUUACGCAAUGCACAAAAUUCACUUGAGAAAUAUAGAGAAAUAAGAGAAUUAAAUUUUGAUGAGACGGAAUAUUAUGAAAUCUUAAAAAACUCUAAAGAUUAUACAAAUUUUAAAAAAUUGAUAAAUUCCUAUUAUGAAAAAUAUAACCAAAUAGGGAUAGAAGAAAAUACAGAUUCAAUAAUAACGGAACUUAAUAAAUAUAAGAACUCUUUAAAUGAUAUGGAUGAACUUAUAGAAAUAUCAGACAUAGAGUAUUUUACUACCAACAUAUUAGAAAAAGUAAAAGAUGAUAUUAAUACUAUAACGAAUAAAAUAGUUCAUAUAAAUAAUAGCAUUUUAGGAUUUAACGCUUCUUUUUGUGAGUUACUAGAGUUAAGAAGAAAUUGUAAAUUAUAUUUUCUCUCUUUAAUUGUUACAAGUAUUAACAAUGCAAUAUCAAAAGAUAAAAUCAUAAUUGAAAAAAAUAAGAAAAAUGUUUCUUCAUGUGUAGAAUAUGUUUUAAAUAAUUAUAACUAUAUAAAUAAUGACAUUUAUACAACAAAUAAAUGUUUAUCUAGGAAUUUCGUAAGCUUUUAUGGAUCAAAUAAUGUCGAAAAUUUAAAUAAACUUUCUGAGAAUUUUAAAAUAAAAAAACGAGAUGUAAUAAAAAAAAUGGGUGAUUUAGAAAAUGCAUUUUUAGAUGUGAAUGAAAAAAAGAAUUCAAAUUUGAUAGACGAAUAUAUGCAAGAAGUGAAAUAUCUCUAUAAGGAAUUUAAGCGAGAAAGAAUAAAUUUAAAAAAUAUUUUUAAAAAAAUUAAUGAAAUAGAGCUAAAGGAUUUAAGAGAUACUGUUAAAAAAUUUUUUGAUAUAGCAGAAUCAUAUGAAGAUACUACAGAAUAUAAAAAAGAGAAAAUAUUAUAUAUAAAAAAUGAGUUAAAAGAAAUUGAAGAUUUUAUAAAAAAAGGAAACCAAGAAUUACUUCGUAUUGGGGAUAUGCAUUCAGAAGAAAAAACACAAAAAGUUAAUGAAAUUUAUGAAAAUAUUAUGAAUGAAUUUAUAAAAGUCAAAGAGUUAGAAAAUGACAAUAAUAAUGAAAAUAAUCAAUUGGAUAAUCAUGAAAAUCAAAUUUCUCAUUUAAUAGAAAGAACAAAUUGUUUAUUCAAAUUUUUAGAAUUAUAUCAAUAUAAUAAUGAUCAUUAUAUAUUACAGGAAGAAGAUAUAAAAAUAGAAAAUGAAGUAAAUAAUUAUCUAAAAAAUCUUAAGAUUUGGAUAAAAGAAUCGAUGAGAAUUUUUGAGAAUAUAAAAAUUAGUAUAGAUGAGAAUAAAAAAUUUAUACAUGAGAAUAUGAACAUUAUUCUUUCAAUUUAUGAUAUUAUAAAUAAUAUAAAUAAUAUAAAAAAAAAUUAUCAACAGGAAGUAGAUGAAAAGAAAGUAACUAAUAAUAUAAAAAAACAAGUAAAUGAAAUUAAGGAAAUAAAGGAUAAUAAUGUAAUAAUAAAUAAUAAUACUAAUUUUCAAUAUAAUGAACGCAGUCAUAAUCGUGAAGAUAAUAGUGAAAUUUGGUAUGGUAGAAUAUACAUUACAAAGAUUAAAUUAACAGAAACAUUAGUUGUGCUUCUAUUAUUUUGUAGCGGAAUUAUUUUAUUUUUAUUCAAAAAAAAAAAGAAUAAUAAAGAUAAUAAGGAUGAUUGCAAUAAAAAUGAAAUAAAUCUAACAUAUGAGAGAAGUUUUCGUAAUACACGUAACAUCGAUAGAAAAGAAGAAUAUAUUGAAGCUUCUUUUGUUUAA